GAUGGGCCUUCAAACUGAGGACAUUGCAGUAAAAAAGUCCCCAGUUUUGGCCUUGUUUGUAUAAGCGUCCGCGUAAACAAAGAUUCUGAUUGGUCGUUUAGAUGCCGACGUCAACAUUCAUCCUUCAACAGUGCGGACUUGUUUAGUUGAAUACGAAUACGAUUGGUGCAAUCCAUGGGUGCGAUCAAGUUUAAAGGAUAGUUCUGGUUGGAGAUGUCGGUGUCGGAAAAACUUGUGUGGUUCAGCGAUUUAAGACCGGCAUUUUCAUGGAGAAACAGGGCAGCACAAUUGGAGUGGAUUUUACUAUGAAGACGCUGGAAAUACAGGGGAAAAGGGUGAAGUUACAGAUAUGGGAUACAGCUGGACAGGAGCGUUUUCGCACCAUCACACAGAGUUACUACCGCAGUGCCAAUGGUGCCAUCAUCACUUAUGAUAUCACAAAGCGAUCCUCUUUUAUGUCUGUGCCCAAGUGGAUGGAGGAUGUGAAGAAAUAUGGUGGUUCCAACAUAGUUCCUCUUUUAAUUGGUAAUAAAUCGGAUUUGACUGACUUGCGUGAAGUGCCCUCUGAAGAUGCACAGACCAUGGCUCAUCAGCUGGAUUUUGUGACUGCCAUCGAGACUUCAGCCAAGGACUCUAGUAAUGUGGAAGAGGCAUUUAACAAAAUGGCCACAGAGCUCAUCCUCCGACAUGGCGGGCCCAUGUUCAAUGAAAACGUAACAGAUAGCUUCAAACUGAACAGUAAGGAUGUGACCAGUGAGGGAUGGGGAUGUGGCUGUUGAUUAGUUAGUCAUUCUCAUGAAGCAAUAAAAGCUUUGGUCAUGUAAAUCAGGUACUAUCAUUUAAAGCUUGUUUAAGUGCAUCUCUAAAAGAAGAAUACACAAAAGUGCUUCAGAAUUUUUGUACCAUUGGCACAAUUAUAUUUUGCAAGUCCUUAAUGAAGCUGACAAGUAAUGCAGAUCACACAAACGUUGAUGAUUACAUUUGGCUGGAGAUGUUUGGGACAGCUGAAUUUUUAUUAAAUAGGUGAACAUGUGGAUAUCUUUAUAUUGCUCUUUUAAAGGGGACAUAUCAUGACUCGAUGUUUAAGUGCUAUAAUAGGGUCCCCAGUGCUUCUAUCAACCUAGAAAAUGUGAAGAAACAACCCAGUAACUUAGUUUUGGUAAACCAUUCUCUGCAAGCAUGUGAAAAAAUAGCUCAUUGAAUUUGUGGAAAUGACACACCAAAAAGCUGCACAUUUUUGCUCGCACAUACAAAGUGACAGUUUUAACAUGCUAUAAUACAUUUUUUAUAUGGUAUUUUGAGCUAGAACUUCAAACAUGUACUCUGGGGAAAACAAAGAUUUAUUUGACAACUUAAAAACGUCUUGUGAAAUGUCCCCUUUAACUGCUGCCAUGAGCCUACUUAUGUGAUUUAGAAGUUUUAUACUUUUUUACUACGUGUCUUUUCUAAUCUACUGUCAAAAAACAGACUGUUAAUGCAACUCCUUAAACUGAUAGUUUAUAUUAGAUGCCAUUAGAUGGAUAAUUUAUAUAUUUCAGUUCAUUUAAACACCACAACGCUUUAGUUUCAUAAACAUGCUUUUUAAACUAUGAACAAAGUUCUGAUAAUAUUGGUUCAUGCUUAAUUUAUAAUGGUAUCCCCCCGGAGAAUUAGGAAGUAGCCUAAUUUGCUGUUUCAUUUCAAGUGGGCAUAAUAACCAGAGCCAUUUUAUGUGCAAUAUUUUAUGUGUAAGAUCUCAGUUUGGUAAUUUAUAUAUCGUUGACUGAUGUAUAGGUGUUUUACAAGAAAUCAACACAUAUAUUUAGGAUAUGAUGGUGGUAAUCUUUAAGAAUGUCUUCAUUUUCCUGUAGUUUUGAAAGACAAAUUUGCUUUUAUUAUUCUGAACAAUAUUCUGCAAGGCUGUGCGUGAAAGGAAGGAAGACAAUAUUUAAGUGCAAAUGUUUAUAACAUUUUAUGAAUAAUAACUGUGCCUUUCCAACUGUUUCAGUAUUUUAGCACUAUGACAUUGUAAUUUGUUAUUAAAGGGAUAGUUCACCCAAAAAUGAAAAUUCUUUCAUCAUUUACUCACUCUCAUGUUGUUACAAACCCGCAUACAUUUCUUUGUUCUGAUGAACACAACGCAAGAUAUUUAAAGAAAUGUUUGUAACCAAACCGUUUGUGGACCCCAUUCACUUACAUAAUAGAAAAAAUACUAUGGAACUAAAUGGGGUCCACAAACGGUUUGGUUACAAACAUUUCUCAAAAUAUCUUGCUUUGCUUUCAUCAGAACAAAAAUCAUUUAUACAGGUUUGUAACAACAUGAAGGUGAGUAAAUUAUGACAGAAUUUAUAUUUUUGAGUGAACUUUCCCUUUAAUCAACUCCUAUUACUGUGCAUUUAAUGUCAAAUUGUCAGUGUAAUGUUUUUCUUGAAAGAUGAGAUCAAGUUGUAUUUGGGGUACAAUUAUGUUAUUAUUUUAUCAUUAAAACAAUAUAUAUUCUGUGAAAAGUUA